CUCGCCCUCCUUUUUUUUUUAAAAAAAAAAGUUCUUUCUAUUUCACCAAAAUAUAAAAAACCAACAUGGCCUCCGUUCGUGCAGUUGCUAAGAAAAUUGACUGGUCCAAGUUGAGCGUCAGCCUCCCCAAGGAGACUGCUGGCUCCCUUGCCGCCUUCCGUAAGCGCAACGACGAAGUCAAGCGCCAGUUGGCCGAGUUGAAGGCUCAGUCCACCACCGUCGACUUUGCUGUCUACCGCAAGUCCCUCAAGAACCAGGCCGUCAUUGACCAGGCCGAGAAGGCUCUCAAGGGCUUCAAGCCUGUUGCCUACAACCUCGAUGCCCAGAUCAAGGCUAUCGACCAGUUCGAGGCCAAGGCUGUUGCCAAGGCUCAGACCACCGUCCAGCAGAUUGAUGUUGAGCUCAAGGACCUCCAUGCCACCCUCACCAACAUUGAGGACUCCAGACCCAUUGAGCAGCUUACUGUUGAUGAUAUCGUUGUCGCCAAGCCCGAGAUCACCAAGAACAUCGAGGAUAUGCUCCAGAAGGGCAAGUUCACCAUCCCCGGUUACAAGGAGAAGUUCGGCGAUAUCUCUUACUUCUAAGUCUAGAAAGAAUCGAUCUUCAACAAAAAAUAAUAAUAAGAAUAAUAAUAAUAAGAAUAUUAAACCAAUUCAUAUCAAAAAAAAAACAAAAACAAAUCCCCCUCUUCUAUCAGAAAUUCAUGGUUUUAUUUCCUUUUUCUUUUACUUCUUCUUUGGUCUUGCACCCAAAAAAGCAAAAAAGAAAAGACUUUACAAAGAAGGAAAGAAGAACAUGCUAUUUGUCUUUAAAGAAAGAUAUUAAAAAAAAAUAUGUUUUCUCUUUC